UCAUCUGCCCCCAUUCCCCCCAAAACUGAAUUAACACACUCAGUUAAGUUAUUGUGAGAUUUUGUGAGAUAUGUGAAUUCUUUGUUUUCCUCUAGCUCCUCUUGAUCAUGCAGCUGGUGAUCCGCCGAUAUUGUCCCUCAGACAAGGACGCAGUGCUCACCCUGUUCAGCAAUGGUAUGCAGGAGCACAUCCUUCCAUGUUUUUACAACGCCAUGACCAGCCCUCUCUACCUCGCCAUCUCCCUGGCUCUGUGUGUCGCUGGCUACCUGCUCGGCUCCGUGUUAGGGGCUGUGGUGUUACCAGGAGCCUGGGUGGGCCUCCUAUACUACUGCUGCCAUGACCUAUAUGCCAGCUUAGUCAGGGAGAUAGUGCAAAAGGACAUGCAGGACAUCCCUGGGAUCUUUCUGAGCCGACCAGAUGACUGUUUCUGGGUGGCGGAGGCUGAGGUUGAUGGGAGGGCCCAGAUCAUGGGUACAGUGGCUGUAGUGGCCAAACUAAGAGGGGAAGAAAGACACGCGGAUCUGUGCAGAAUGAUUGUCUCACCAUCAUACAGACGGAUGGGCCUGGGCUUCAGGUUGGCUCAGACUGCGGUCGACUUUUGUAAGGAACGAGGCUUCUCCAAGAUGAUGCUGGAGACCAGUUCUCCAGCCACUGCUGCUGUGGCGCUGUACGAGAAACUGGGGUUCAGCCACGUCCUCUCAUACACCGAAACGCAGCUCUGUGUUUGGAAGGUAAUGCUGACCAGGGUGAAGGUUGUAAUAAUGGAAAAGCACCUGUAGUCCUGAAAUAGUCCUGAUCUGCUUCUGUGAUGUUCCUGUUAUUUUACUCCGUAUAUUUAACACAACUUUGUCUCACAAACAUGUCAGACCAACUUAUCUGUAUGUUUGUGAGAUGGACAAAUUGGCUUGAUUUCUU